AUGGCGUCUCUUGCGACCACCGGCUGGCCAGGAGCCUUGCCUGACUGGUCUAAUUUGAAUGUGCUGCAUCGCAAUACAUUGGCCCCCAGGGCGCACUUUUACCUCUACCCCAACGAGGAAGCGGCCCUGACAUUCGAUCGUGAGGAGAGUCUGUUCCACAGCCUGAAUGGGACUUGGAAGUUUCACUACGAUGUCUCCCCAUUCGUGUCCCCCUCCUGGGAUAGUAAUGUCAAUAACUGGGAUGAUAUUGUGGUGCCUAGUAUGUGGCAGACGCAAGGAUACGGCCGCCCACAUUAUACCAAUAUUGACUACCCUUUCCCUGUCACCCCACCGAAUGUCUCAUAUAUAAACCCAACAGGGUCAUACUGGCGUGAAUUUGCAGUCCCCUCUGAUUGGGACGGGCAGCAGAUUCGUCUUCGUUAUGAAGGGGUGGACAGUGCAUUCCAUGUCUAUGUCAAUGGCGAGGAAGUCGGCUAUAGUCAAGGUAGCCGAAACCCUAGCGAGUUUGACAUUACUGAAUAUCUCUCACCUAAUGAUACCAACACACUUGCGACUCGUGUCUACCAAUGGUCGGAUGGCUCCUAUCUCGAGGAUCAGGACCAAUGGUGGCUUUCAGGGAUCUUCAGAGAUGUCUACCUCAUACCAUUCCCUCACUCUGCUAUUACGGAUUUCAGUGUCAUGCCAGAGUUGGAUGAUAGUCUUGAGAGUGGCACCUUAAACGUUAAUGUGACUAUCCAGGGAGAAGAUGGUGACAUGCGUAUCAAGGUCCUACAACCGAAUGGUGAGGUAUUCGACAGCUGGUCAGGAUCAUCAUCAGACCGCUACUCCAAGAGAGUAGAGGGCGAUGAUUUACACCUCUGGUCUGCUGAAACUCCCAACUUGUAUACGAUCCUAAUCGAAUUCAAUGGCCGGACUAUUAGCCAGAAAAUCGGGUUCCGUCGGGUUGAAAUGAGUGGCUCAAACUUUCUAGUUAAUGGCAAGCCCAUUAUUAUCUAUGGGGUUAAUCGCCACGAACAUCACCAUUUGUCAGGGAGAACUGUUCCUUACGAGGCAAUGCGCGCAGACUUGAUUCGGAUGAAACGCUCUAAUAUUAACACUAUUCGCACUGCUCAUCAGCCACCACAUCCGGAUUUUUUCGACGUGGCUGAUGAACUGGGCUUCUACGUGAUCGCCGAGGCAGAUCUUGAAUGUCACGGGUUUAUCAGGAUUGAAGAUACCGAGGAACAGGCGGCGACAUGGGUGUCUGAUAACCCCGAAUGGACCCAUGCAUACUUGGAUCGGGCCCAGCAGGUGGUAGAGCGGUUCAAGAAUCAUGUAUCCGUGAUUAUCUGGUCCCUUGGGAAUGAGUGCUUUUAUGGUCAGAACCAGGCGGCCAUGUACAAGUGGAUUAAAGAGAGGGACCCCUCACGAAUCAUCCACUAUGAACAGGACCGAAAAGCCGAAUCAGCAGAUAUCUAUAGCCAUAUGUAUUCCAGUCCGGAUACUAUGCUUGAGCACAUGGCGAAUCACACGGAUAAGCCUCUGAUUCUUUGCGAAUAUGCGCAUGCCAUGGGCAACGGCCCUGGUGGAUUAGAGGAGUACGUUGCCCUGUUUCGAUCGGAGCCUCUCUCUCAGGGAGGACUCGUCUGGGAGUGGAACAAUCACGGUCUGUUAAAGAAAGAAGGGGAACUGGAGUAUUUCGCCUAUGGUGGUGACUUUGGGGACGAGCCUAAUGAUGCCGACUUUAUCAUGGACGGUCUUACCCUCUCUGACCACACACCGAUGCCCAGUCUGCUGGAGUACGCCAAGAUCAUCCAGCCGGUCACUGUACGCUUGACCGAGGACUCUAGCCAGAUGAUUGUGACCAACCAUUACGACUUUGUUGACCUCAGCGGACUGAAUGUGUUCUGGCAUAUGGUCUAUGACGGGCAGACGACCAACCGGACAGAACUAACGCUGCCCCGUGUACCGGCCGGAGAGAAUCGCACUGUGAAUCUGCCACUAAAUACUGAUGGCGUCUCCCAGGAAGCGUGGCUAACGAUCGAGUUUGAGCUGAAGGAGGAUCGAAUCUGGGCAGACCAGGGCCACAUUGUGGCCUGGGACCAGCUCUAUCUGCCAGGAACCCCUGAUCAGCGCUCAACGGCAGCUGUUGAGCGUGCUGUGUCACCCGUUGCGCGUCAGGCCGGGCUGCAAGUAACCCAGGACCGAGCGAAACUCAACAUCACCACCAGUGGGAUGGCCUUUGGAUUUGACCUCCUGCAGGGCAAUGUCACUUGGGAAGUGGAUGGCGUCAGCAUGUUCCAGCAGGGGCCGGAGCUCUAUUUCUACCGAGCAAUGACUCAAAAUGAUGAGGCAAGUGAAGGUGACGGCGCGGAAUGGGAUGAGGCCAGGGUUGGUAUGAUGCAUACGCAGGUUCGGGAUGUGACAUGGUCACAGACGGAGAACGAAGUGGUGGUUCACUUCCGGAUCCGUGUGGCCCCGAAGGUGCUUGAAUGGGGCGUAGAAGCCGAUCUUAUUUACACCGUGUCUACUGCGGAGCCGGCAAUUCAUGUCCAAGCUAGGGGUGAGUUUGUGGGUAAGAACACGCCGUCUGUCGUUCCUCGUAUCGGGCUUAUGGCUGUCAUGUCCAAAGAGUUCAGCGAUGUGAGCUGGUUCGGACGAGGCCCAGGAGAAAACUAUAAGGACUCGAAGCAGGCAUGCCGCAUGGGUCAAUAUGAGUCGACCGUGGAGGAAUUAUAUACGCACUACGACUACCCCCAGGAGAACGGAAACCGUGAGGACCUGCGGUGGUUGCAGGUUUCUAACGGAGAGGUGACAUUGGAUGUGCGUCGUGCAGAUGAGGGGGCUUCAUUCAGCUUCACGGCUGGACGAUAUAUGCCAUUCGACCUGAAUGAUGCAAAGCACCCUCAUGAUCUCAAUCCUCUUAACGUCACUGUGCUCAAUCUCGACUAUGACAACCAUGGCUUGGGAUCCGCGACUGUCGGCCCUAAACCAUUCGAGAAGUACAAGUGUAGGACGGAGCCAUUUGAUUUCACAUUUGUGAUGAGCUUGGCCUAA